AUGUUAAUAAUGCAUUAAGAAGCGUCCACAGCGCGUUAUAUAUGAAUCCGAUGGAGAUGCAUUGAUUACAAAGUUAAUGUAGCUUAGCCACGAGGUGACAUGUAGCUACAUUGGAUUAGCUGUGACAGUCAACGUUACUGUGCAUGCAACAGCCAGAUCAAAGCUGUUGUGUUUGUUUAUUUGUUUAAAAGUUGCCUUUAUGUGCUCUUAACAUACAGCACUGAAUAUACUGAACCAUCUGUCCAUGUAAAUUGUAGUUAUUUACCCACUUGCAUCCAUUUCUAAUCAAUCUAAGACGUGACAGUUUCUUGUUUAAGUUAAACUCCCUGAGAAGCAUCUGUUAUGACGACCAUUCUUAACAGAGAUGAGAAACUAGAAGAUGAUGAUGAACCAUUGAGUAACCUGGCGAAGCCUGGCAGGGCCAAACGCUCUGUAGAAAGACAGUCAGUAGAAGACAGCUCAGAUGAUGAUGAACCAUUGAGUGACCUGGUGAAGCCUGGCAAGGCCAAACGCUCUGAAGAAACACAUGUAAAAGAGCUGUCGGAUGAUGACCAGCCGCUGACGACGAUGAUCAAGAAAAAGAAGAGAAACAGACCAGACAGAGAAAAGCUGGCCAUACUGGGCAAGGAGGACAAAAAAGCCUCUGCACAUUCUCCUGAUAAGAAUGCAGCACCUAAAAGAAGAGAAAGUCCUAAAAAGCCAGUUAAAGUGCUGUCCAAUGACAGUUCAGACGAUGAACCUUUAACUGAGUUGGUAAGGAAGAAGAAGAAGCCGCAGAUGAAGCAGGCAGUGGUGCUGUUGGAAAAAAUGUCCAAAGAAGAUGUAAUGGACUUGAUCGCACAGAAAGACAAAUGCAGCCAGAAGGGGAAAAGCACGACUAGAUCAGCAAUCUCACUUCCAGAGAACGAGGUCGAGAGUUCAGAUGACGAGCCUCUGAGUCAAAAACUGAAGAGACUGAAAGAAAAAAACAAACGUGCAAGAGAUAGAAAAGCAAAAGCAGAUGCCAGUUCAGACGAUGAACCUUUAGUGAAGUGGGUGAAAACUGUGAAGGUAAAGGACAAGUCAAGGAAGAGGACCAGCAGGGACAAGGACCCAGUCGAACAAGGGGUUUAACUUGGACAUUGUGUGAAAGCAGAAGGUAGAAGACAGUACAAAAGGGCUUGCUGACUGGAUGAAGAAUGAACUUCUUGUUCUGUAGUACUAGAUUUUAUUCUGUCAUUAAUUCAUAAUUAGGGUGACAAUGUUACUCAUUUCUUUUAAUCAACAACCGAUCCACAGUGGAAGGUUAACUGAUAACCGACAAGCUCCUAGCGUCAUGUUAAGAUAUUAAACACUUCACUGAGUUUUAUAUCAACAACUUUAUUUAUUACAACAGCAUCAUAGCAAUCAUGGCAGUGAUGUAGAACAGUACAAUUAACAUAAACACUGUGAGCAGAACCAAUCCAGUAUUCUGAUCUUAUACAGUACAGGUCAUUACAAACGUGAACUGAACAUGCUAAUCAUAAUGAAUAGAGAUGCAGUCGGUAUAUAAAAGCAUCCUGACAACAUUACUGUGCUUAUUAAUAAUUGAUAAGCAGAGUUUAAUCUUAAUAUUGAUGCACGAUACAAAACAUCCACAUCAUUGUAUAAACAAAGUUACACACAGAUUCACAUGUGCAAAAUGCAACAGGCAGUCAGACUUCAGACUGACACCAAACAGAUUCAUCGAAUGUAAAUGAGAAUAUAUAUAUAUAUAUAUACACUGAUCAGCCAUAACAUUAAAACCACUUCCUUGUUUCUACGCACACUGUCCAUUCUAUCAGCUCAACUUACCAUAUAGAAGCACUUUGUAGUUCUGCAAUUACUGACUGUAGUCCAUCUGUUUCUCUGCAUGCUUUGUUAGCCCCCUUACCUGCUCUGUAGAGUCCUGACCAUUGAAGAACAGCAUGAAAGGAGAAAGGUUUUGGCUGAUCGGUGGGGCUUGAACCAGCUUACAGUACGCUUACAGUACGCUUACAGUACGCUUUCAGUGCCAAUCACAAGCUCGGAUAAAAAAGGGAAGCCAAAUCAGGUAUGCAGACCAGAAUGUUCCGCUGUGGUGACCCCUGAAUACAGGAGCUGCUCCUAUUCAGGUUACGAAAUGGCAAGAGGGGCAAGCCGUAGCCUAGUGGUUAAGGUACUGGACUAGUACUCAGAAGGAUGCUGGUUCAAGCCCCACGACUGCCAGGUUGCUACUGUUGGGCCCCUGAGCAAGGCCCUUAACCCUCAAUUGCUCAGACAGUAUACUGUCACAGUACUAUAAGUCACUUUGGAUAAAGGCAUCUGCUAAAUGCCGGAAAUGUAAAUGUUUGGACAGUUGUAGCCUAGUGGUUAAGGUACUGAACUAGUAUUUAAAGUCACUGGUUCAAGCCCUGCCACUGCCACUGUUGGGCCCUUAAACAAGGCCCCUAACCCUUAAUUGCUUUGGAUAAAAGCUGGGAAUGUAAAUGAGAUGAGGUUGUAUUUAAAGCUGGAACAUGCACCCAGAGGGUGGGUGUGUUACAAAUCAGCACUAUCAAUAGAAUCUGUAGACAUCAGUAUUAUCGCUCUCGAUUCAAAUCAAUCAGCAGCUGUUGCAGAUGAAUUUAAAUGACGUUUUUAACAGACAGCAUUAAUCAAACGACUUCUUUGUUGGUUAUCUGUUAACCAGUCCAUCAUUGAUAUCCCAUUUUAUAAUAAUUAUCAAACCAACUACAAUCAUGAUACACCGAUCUGACAUUCGUACAGUUGAACAUACACUGAACUAUAAAUUAUAUAUAUUUAACAUCAUGCAUCUAAGUAGCGUUUUUAUUUUAUUUUUUACAUUGUUUUAAAUAUUUUAGAUUUUGUAUUGUUUUAAUUAGUUGUAUUUUAUGCUGUUUAUGCUGUUUUUUUAGUAAACUGUACUAAAUGUAUUUUACUGAUUGUUUCUUGAGAGACAAGAAUUUGGGACCGUAUGUAAAAUACCAAUAAAAAAAAAACUUUGUGUAAAUUGAAA